AUGGCAUACAGAAAUCAAAGUUCAGUUAAGGAGUUCACACUUAGUGGUCUCUCCCAGUCAUAUGAAUCACAUGCCAUUUUCUUUGUGGUUUUUCUGGUCCUAUAUUUAAUGACUUUAUCAGGGAACCUGGCCGUUAUGACUGCAGUUCAAUCAGAUGCUCAUCUACGUUCUCCAAUGUAUUUCUUCCUUAGUAACUUAUCUUUUCUAGACAUAUGUUACACCACGGUGACCAUACCAAAGAUGCUUAUUAAUAUGCUAUCAGAAAGAAAGACAAUCUCAUUCAACCAAUGUAUAUCUCAGCUUUUCUUCCUUCAUUUAUUUGGUGGCACCGAGUGCUUCCUGCUUACUGUCAUGGCGUAUGAUCGUUAUGUGGCCAUUUGUAAUCCACUAAGCUAUAACAUAGUCAUGAAUCACCGGUUUUGCUUCUGGUUGGUGGCAUUCAGUUGGUUUGCAGGGUUUCUGCACUCUUUCACUCAGGCUUUCCUCACAUACCAGCUUCCAUUUUGUGGUCCUAACAAAAUCAACCACUUCUUCUGUGAUGUUCAUCCACUGGCAGUGCUUGCCUGUGCAGACACUUUCUUUAUAGACAUGUUUAUUAUCGCCAACAGUGGAAUGAUUUCUCUUGGUUGUUUUGUUGUCUUACUGUUUUCCUACCUUGGCAUCAUUACAACAAUCGUAAAGAUUCAUUCAUCAGAUGGGAGACGCAAGGCAUUUUCUACCUGUGCUUCCCAUAUAUUGGUUGUUAUUUUCUUUCUGUUACCACCUAUAUUUAUCUAUUUAAGACCACCUAUCAAUUAUCCAGCAGAUAAGUUAAUAUCUGUGCUGUACACAGUGUUGACUCCCUUAUUAAACCCAUUAAUCUAUACCUUACGAAACCAGGAGGUCAAAAAUGCUAUGAAAAAGAUUUGGGGUCAGUGCAGUGUGCUGGCAGCCCACUGUGUGAAGAGUUAA